AUGACCGGGACGGCUGGAGCCGGGGUCGUGGUCACCCAGCUGGUGCUGGUGCUGUGGAAGAGCUUCACCUACCGCCGGCGGCAGCGGAACAAGCUGGUCAUAGAGCUCCUGUGGCCUCUUUUUUUCUUCCUCAUCCUGGUCUGGAUGCAGUGGUCCCACAAGCCUUUCAAGCAGCAUGAGUGCCACUUUCCCAACAAGGCCCUGCCCUCGGCUGGGACCCUGCCCUGGCUCCAGGGCAUCAUCUGCAACAUGAGGAACCCCUGCUUCCUGCACCCCACGGUGGGAGAGACCCCUGGCCUGGUGGACAAUUUCGACGGCUCCACCCUCUCCCGUCUGCUGGACAAAGCCCAUCAGCUCCUGCACAGCAAAGACGGGCAGCAGCUCCUGCUCAGCUUCACCCGCAUCAAGCCCAUGCUGCGUGAGCUCUGGAGGACCGGAGGGAAGAAUCAGAAAUCGCCGUUGAGAACCCACAUCAAAGGCAGCGACCGCCUCAUUCGGGCCACCCUUGCUCUACAACCAGCGCUGAUGAGAGAGCUGCUGAACGCUUCGGUCAGCCUCGGCUUCGUGAGUGUCCGUGGUGCUCGCUCCCGGUGCGCCGGGGCCUCCCGAUGUCUGGCGUGCCGGGGGCUGCCGUGUGACCGGCCCCUCUCCCAGCAGCUCAGCCCGAAGGGGGCCGCGCUGAGGGCGUCGUUCUGCAACUCGUCGGAGCCGGGGCUCCGCCUGCCCCCGGGCGGGCGCCUGCGGCAGCAGCUCUGCAGGCGGCCCUCCCAGCUCACCGCCCUGGUGGAGGCUCUCUUGCCCAUACUUGAUGUGCCCAGUCUCCUGGCGGACCAGCUGAACUCCAAUGUCUUGAGACCCUUGGCCACCUUCCUGGAUGGUGCAGCACCCCUGUUGCAGGAGAUGUCCUCCAUGUCCAGACAAGCCAAGAUGCAGCUCAGGGCACUGGGGGCCCCCAGUGCCAGCACCUUUCAGGCUCUGUUGCAUAUGAUCUGUGGGCAUCCCAAGGGUGGGGGGCUCCAUGUCCCCUCCCUCCACUGGUACGAGGUCAGUGACUUCAAAGACUUCCUGGACCACCAAAGCAUGAAGCAGAAACCCACGGACCCACACAGCACCAGCCCCUUCUGUGAAGAGAUGUUCCACAACCUGGUGUCCAGCUCAGAUGUGAAGAUCUUAUGGCAGGGGGUCAAGCCGCUCUUUACGGGGAAGAUCCUGUACACCCCACCUCGCCCCGGCCCCAGAAGCAUCAUGGCUGAGAUGAACCAGACCUUCCAGGAACUGGCAGUGCUGGGAGAGUUGGGGCACGCCUGGCAGGACCUGGGACCCCGCAUCUAUGCCUUCUUCAACAGCAGCCAGGAGCUACAGGUCCUGCGGAACCUGCUGGCAGCCCCACGCACGGCUCAGCUCCUCUCCGAGUUCCUCAAUGACAGCUCCUCGAAGCUGCCGGUGCUGGCCGGGUUCCUGGGGGCGCCGGUGGGCAGGCCGGGGCUCACCUGGAAGGAGAUGUUCGCUGAUGUCGAUGCCAUCCUGACCAACCUGUCGCAGUUCAUGAAGUGUGUCAGCCUGGACAAGAUCGAGGCGGUAGCCAAUGAGAACAAGCUGGUGGCCCGGGCCCUGGAGCUGCUGGAGGAGGAGCGGUUCUGGGCGGGUGUGGUCUUCCACCCCCCCUUCACCGCCGUGAACUCCACGCUGCCCCGCCACGUCCGCUACACCAUCCGCAUGGACAUUGACGCUGUCACGAGGACUGACAGGGUCAAUAAGAGGUUUUGGCACCCGUCGCCUGAGGCCGACCCCUUCAGCGACCUGCGCUACGUCUGGGGGGGCUUCGUCUACCUGCAGGACCUGGUGGAGCAGGCGGUGGUGCGGGUGCAGACCAAGACUGCCCCGCAGAUGGGGAUCUAUGUCCAGCAAAUGCCUUAUCCUUGCUUUGUGGGUGAUGCGUUCCUCUGGGUGCUGUCCUACUCACUGUCCCUCUUAAUUACACUGUCCUGGAUCUACUUGGUGGCCAUGAUCAUCAAGGGAGUGGUGCACGAGAAGGAGACGUGUAUCAAGGAGACCAUGAAGACCAUGGGGCUGAGCAAUGGGAUUCUCUGGCUUAGCUGGUUCAUCAGCAGCUUAAUCUCCUUUCUUAUCAGUUCUGCCCUCCUCGUUCUCAUCCUCAAGCUGGGAAACAUCCUGCCCUACAGCAAUCCAGCCAUCAUCUUCCUCUUCCUCGGCUCCUUCUCAGUGGCCACCAUCAGCCAGUGCUUCCUCAUCAGCGCUUUCUUCUUCCGUGCCAACCUGGCCUCGGCUUGUGGUGGUAUCAUCUACUUCUUCCUCUACCUGCCCUACGUGCUGUACGUUCCCUGGCGCUACUUCAUCCCCUUCUCACUGCGUGUCGUCAUGAGCCUGCUGUCGCCAGUCGCCUUCAGCUUCGGCUGUGAGUACAUCUCCCUCUAUGAGAACAAAGGGAUAGGCAUCCAGUGGCACAACCUGAUUGCCAGCCCUGUGCCCGAAGACCGCUACAGCUUUGCCGUGGCCAUGGGACUGCUGCUGCUGGACGCUGGCCUCUACAGCCUGGCCACUUGGUAUGUCGAGGGCAUCUUCCCAGGUCAGUAUGGGAUUCCCAAACCGUGGUAUUUCCCCUUCCUGAAGAGCUACUGGUUUGGAAAGAAAUCCUCAGCUGAGCAGCCCCCGAACCCCACUGCCCCCCUCACUGCACCCCGAGUGUUCUUGGAGAAGCCCCCUGCCCAGCUGCAGCCCAGUGUCUCCAUCCGCGACCUGGUGAAGGUUUACAAGAAGAGCAGCCAUAUGGCCAUCAACGGGCUGAGCCUAGACUUCUACGAGGGGCAGAUCACCUCCUUCUUGGGCCAUAACGGGGCUGGCAAGACCACCACCAUGGCCAUCCUGUCCGGCCUCCUGCCCCCCACCUCUGGCACUGCCUAUAUCCUGGGCCAGGACAUCCGCUUCAAUAUCAACAGCAUCCGCAAAACCUUGGGGAUGUGUCCCCAGCACAACGUGCUCUUCGAUAUCCUGACAGUGGAGGAGCACAUCUGGUUCUACGGGCGGCUGAAGGGGCUGUCAGAGAAGCAGGUGAAGGUGGAGAUGAAGCAGCUGAUCUUGGACCUAGGGCUGAUGCACAAGCGUCAGGAGCAGGCCAAGAACCUCCCAGGCGGGAUGCGGCGGAAGCUCUCGGUGGCCAUCGCCUUCGUGGGCGGCUCACGGGUGGUCCUCCUGGACGAGCCCACAACUGGCAUCGACCCCUACUCACGCCGCAGCAUCUGGGACGUGCUGCUCAAGUACCGCAAAGGCCGCACCAUCAUCAUGUCCACCCACUCCAUGGACGAGGCGGAGCAGCUGGGGGACCGCACGGCCAUCCUGGUGCAGGGCCGGCUCCGCUGCUGCGGGUCCCCGCUCUUCCUCAAGUCCCGGCUGGGAGCUGGAUACCGCCUCACCGUGGUGAUGGGGGAGGCGGCCGGGAUGGGCGGCAGCGCCGGCGCCGUCCCCGGCACCACCAAAAAGGUGAACCCCUCAGCCCCGCUGAGCAGCACCCGAAAAGGUUGUCAGAUGUGGGGGGAGCUUCGAGCCCCAGGCUUGGGACCGGGUGUGGCCCAGCUGUUGGAGCUGAUCCAGAGUCUGAUCCCCGGCUCCCGGCUGAUGAAGAGCAGCAGGCACGAGGUGCUGUUCAUCCUGCCCUACAGUGGGACCAAGGAUGGGACCUUAGCAAAGCUCUUCCGCAAGCUGGAUGCCCACAAGAGGCAACUGGGCAUCUCCAGCUAUGACAUCUCUAACACCACACUGGAGGAGGUCUUCCGGAGGGUGGCCAAGGACACAAGGCUGUACAGGACAGGCACCAGGAGAGGAGCAGCCUCCAGCAAGAAGCGGUACACAAAAACAGCUCAUGGGAAAUUGGGGAAGCAGCGCCAGAAGCCGGCGCGGCUGCGGGGGGCGGGGGCCCAGGCCUGCGGCAGGGUGAGGGGCACCGCGCUCGUCCGGCAGCAGCUCCGCGCACUCUUCAUCAAGAGGAUGCUGCGCACCCGGCGCAGCACCCGCAGCUUCUUUGCGCAGACCAUCCUGCCCGCUGUGUUCGUCUGCAUCGCGCUGCUCUUCAGCUUCCUCGUGCCGCCGAGGUUCUUCAAGAAGUACCCAUCGCUGCGGCUCCAGCCCUGGAUCUACGGCAACCAGAUCACUUUCUUCAGCAACGACGCUCCCGAGAACCCGGACACGGACCGGCUCCUGUCCGCGCUGCUGGGCGAGCCUGGCUUUGGCACCAGGUGCAUGAAGGGGUGAGCACCUGGGCUGUGCCAACCAGCUUCCCACCCCGGUGGCUUCGUGGUCCCCCCACUGAAAAUGCCGUGGAGAUGGAACUGGACACUGUCCAAGCCGUCGCCCCCCUGCCGGUGCAGCGAGCCGGAGGAUGACAGGCUGCUGCCCGACUGCCCCGCAGGCGCCGGGGGGCCCCCCGCACCCCAGGUGCAAAGGGGCACAGGUGAUGUCCUGCUGAACCUGACGGGCAGGAACAUCUCUGACUUCUUGGUGAAAACUUACACCCGGAUCAUUCUCAGGGAGCAGAGGAGACAUUCGUUGAGCGAGCGGAGGUAUGGUGGCCUCUCUCUGGGCUCCAAGAACUCCCAGGACCUGCCAACGCAUGAGGACUUAGAUGAGAUGGUUCUGGAGCUCCAGGGCAUUUUCAACAUCACCCCGGGCAGCUCCUUGGACAGGCUCCUGCACAACAUGAGCCGCCUCAUCUGGGACUCGAAAGCUCGCAACAGCAUCAAGGUCUGGUUCAACAACAAGGGCUGGCACUCCAUGGUCUCCUACGUCAACGUGGCCAACAACGGGCUGCUGCGCGCCGGGCUGCCCAACGGCACCGACCCCACGUACUAUGGCAUCACCGUUGCCAACCACCCCCUCAACAUCAGCAAGCUGCAGUUCACACCAUCCAGCCUGACGCCCAACUACGAGAACGUGCUGGUCUCCAUCUUCGUGGUCUUUGCCAUGUCCUUCGUCCCGGCCAGCUUUGUGGUCUUCCUCAUUGAGGAGCGGGUCAGCAAGGCCAAGCACCUCCAGUUUGUCUGUGGGAUGAAGCCCAUCACGUACUGGCUGGGCAGCUUUGCCUGGGACAUGUGCAACUAUCUGGUCUCUGCGGUGCUGGUCAUCAUCAUCUUCCUCUCCUUCCAGCACAAGUCCUACUCAUCCUCAGCCAACCUGCCUGCCCUUGUGCUGCUGCUGCUGCUCUACGGCUGGUCCAUCACCCCUCUGAUGUACCUGGCCUCCUUCUUCUUCAACGUCCCCAGCACCGCCUACGUGUUCCUGAUCUGCAUCAACCUCUUCAUUGGCAUCAACAGCAGCGUGGCCACCUUUGUGCUGGAGCUCUUCUUUGAUGAGGAACUUAGGAAGAUGAACCGCAUCCUGAAGCAAGUUUUCCUCAUCUUCCCCCAAUUCUGUCUGGGCCGAGGCCUCAUGGACAUGGCAAGGAACCAGGCGAUGACCGAUGCCCUCAAGAGAUUUGGGUACAAGGGCUUCGUGUCCCCCCUAUCCUGGCACCUGGCAGGGAAGCACAUGUUCGCUAUGGCAGUUCAGGGCAUCAUCUUCUCCCUCUUCACACUCCUGCUGCAAUACCGGUUCUUCCUGCGGCUCAGGCUGUGGGCUGUGCACCUGCCCCCGCUGGGGAAGGAGGACCGAGACGUGGCCAGGGAGCGGGAGAAGGUGGAAAGCACUCCCCAGCACCGCCGCCCUCUCCUGCUGCUGAAGAACCUGACCAAGGUGUACGGGCGCAGGGGGGCUCCGGCCGUGGACCGGCUCUGCGUGGCCAUCCGCCCGGGGGAGUGCUUCGGCCUCCUGGGGGUGAACGGCGCGGGGAAGAGCUCCACCUUCAAGAUGCUGACGGGGGACACGCAGGUGACACUGGGGGAGGCCUGGCUGAAAGGGCACAGCGUGCUCACCGACCUGCAGUCUGUCCGGCAGCACUUGGGUUACUGCCCCCAGGUCGACGCCAUCACUGACCUGCUGACGGGGCGGGAGAACCUGGAGUUUUACAGCCGCGUGUGCGGCAUCCCAGAGGAGGAGACCUCCAGGGUGGCUCUAUGGGGCGUCACCAAACUGAAGCUGGGGCCAGAUGCAGACCAGCUGGUGUGCAGUUACACCAGGGACAGCAAGCGCAGGCUCUCUGUGGCCAUAGCUCUCCUUUGCUCCCCACCCAUUGUAUUCCUGGAUGAGCCCACAACAGGGAUCGACCCACAAGCCCGGCGGUGCCUGUGGGACUGCAUCCUCGGCGUCAUCCGGGAGGGCAAGUCCGUGGUGCUCACAUCCCAGAGCAUGGAGGAGUGCGAGGCGCUGUGCACCAGGAUCGCCAUCAUGGUCAACGGCCGGUUCCGCUGCCUGGGCAGUGUUCAGCACCUCAAGACCAGGUUUGGGCAUGGCUACAUGGUGCUGGUGCGGGUGGGCGGCCGGGGGCCGGUGCCGGUGCAGAGGAUGAUGCGGCGCGUGUUCCCCGGCAUCGUGCUGAAGGAGCGGCACGGGAACCUCCUGCACUACUACCUGCCCGCCCGUGCUGGCUCCUGGACCCGAGUCUUCGCCGUCCUGGCAAGCUGCCGCCACAUCUACCACAUUGACGACUACUCUGUGUCCCAGGCCACCCUCAACCAGGUCUUCAUGCGCUUUGCCAAGGAGCAGAGCAAGGAGGACCCCCAGGACAUCUGGGACCCAGAGGAGGAUGCAACCCUGAGGGGGUUCCGCCGCUGGAGGAGGCUGAUGCCAUUUUUUAAGUACAACAACAACCAGAAGAGCAUUGUCUGA